AUGGCAAACAUUGAGGUCGAGGUGCUACCGGGUCCAUUCCUGCAGCUUGGUGAAGGUCCACACUGGGACAUCGAGUCGCAGAGUCUGUACUACGUCUGCAUUCUAUCUGGCACGGUGCUCCGGUACGAUUGGAAGGAGAACAAAACAUACUCCGCAACAAUUGACGGCACCACGUACGCAUCGUUCGUUAUUCCGGUGAAUGGCCAACGCGGUAAGUUUGUCGUCGGUAGCGGAACUCGUCUCCUGCUCGUCAGUUGGGAUGGCCGGUCGGCGAGCGUCACCAUCGACCGUGUCCUGACCGACCUUGGGCCAGAGGAGUCCGAUCAUCGCUUCAACGAUGGCAAGGUGGACGCCCAAGGACGGCUCUACGUCGGUACCAUGCUGGCGGAAGAUUCGCGCAAUCACUUCGAGAUGGACGACGGUAAGCUGUAUCGCUACGAGGCCGGCGCUGGCCAAAUGGUGCCGCUCAAGAGCAAGGUACACAUCUCGAACGGACUGACCUGGAGUGUUCUACAAUCGCGGCGCUUCUACUACAUCGAUUCGUUCGCAUUCGACAUCAAAGAGUACACGGUGGACGCGGACGGCAAUCUGACCAACGAAACCGUUCUGAUAAAGCUGAAGGAUGACGAAGCACCAACCGAGUUCAUUGCCGACGGUAUGACGAGCGACGCUGACGGUAAUCUGUACGUGGCCAUGUUUUCCGGUUCCAAAAUCAUCAAAAUCAAUCCAGAGACGGCGCAGAUUGUCCAGGAAAUCCCUCUUCCAGUGGCGCAGGUCACUUCCGUCGCUUUCGGUGGCCCUAAUCUGGACGUCCUGUUCGCAACGACUGCUGCCAAGGAGCUGUCCCUCCCACAGGAACCGCCUGCAGGAGCGCUGCUCCGGAUUAGCGGCCUGCAAGCACGCGGUACUCCGAUGAACGAACUUGUCCUGCCGACCAGUUCCAGUUCCUAG